ACAUAAGAGAAGGGCCUCCUCUCUCAUAAGAGGAGGACAUUACUCUCCCAAACAAAAAGGGGAAAAAGAAGUACUAUUUAUAGAAGCUGAGAUUUUACACUGAGACAGAGUUAGCCACCGAUUUAAUACGAAGAAUGGAGGGAAGCGCGCGCUAGGGUUUAAUCAAAUCCGAUUAUCACCGAUUCUUAAACCCAAGGAAGGGUUUUUCCAGUUUUCUUCUUCUUCGUUUUGUCCUAAUUGAAAAACCCUAGGAUUUUCUAUCAAUCGUAUCAAUUAGUGUGUGAAUUAAAGAAACUAGGUCAAGAUGAGGAUUAUGAUCAAAGGAGGUGUGUGGAAGAACACCGAGGAUGAGAUCCUCAAGGCGGCGGUCAUGAAAUACGGGAAGAACCAGUGGGCUCGAAUAUCGUCGCUCUUGGUUCGCAAAUCGGCUAAGCAGUGUAAGGCUCGCUGGUACGAAUGGCUCGACCCCUCCAUCAAAAAGACUGAGUGGACUAGAGAAGAGGAUGAGAAGCUUCUUCAUCUUGCUAAGCUCAUGCCUACACAAUGGAGAACCAUUGCCCCAAUUGUUGGUCGUACACCAUCCCAAUGUCUGGAGCGGUAUGAGAAACUGCUUGAUGCAGCCUGCGUUAAGGACGACAACUAUGAACCAGGUGAUGAUCCACGGAAAUUGCGCCCUGGAGAGAUUGACCCCAAUCCUGAGUCAAAGCCUGCUCGCCCAGAUCCUGUUGAUAUGGAUGAGGAUGAGAAGGAGAUGCUUUCCGAGGCACGAGCUCGGUUAGCAAACACUAGGGGCAAGAAGGCCAAAAGGAAAGCCAGGGAGAAACAGCUUGAAGAGGCCAGAAGGCUUGCUUCACUACAGAAAAGAAGAGAAUUAAAAGCUGCUGGAAUUGAUACUAGACAGCGAAAGAGGAAAAGGAAGGGAAUAGACUACAAUGCCGAAAUUCCCUUUGAGAAGAAGCCUCCUCCAGGCUUUUAUGAUGUUGCUGAUGAAGAUAGACCUGUGGAACAGCCUCAGUUCCCUACGACCAUUGAGGAACUUGAAGGGAAAAGAAGGAUUGAUGUGGAAGCGCAGUUAAGAAAGCAAGAUAUUGCAAAGAACAAAAUUGCUCAAAGGCAGGAUGCUCCCUCAGCUAUUCUACAAGCCAACAAGUUGAAUGAUCCAGAAACAGUUAGGAAGAGAUCAAAACUGAUGCUUCCUGCACCCCAAAUUUCAGACCAUGAGCUGGAGGAAAUUGCAAAGAUGGGUUAUGCGAGUGAUCUUGCAGGGAGUGAAGAACUCACAGAAGGGAGUGGUGCAACUCGAGCUCUUCUUGCAAACUAUUCCCAGACACCAAGGUUGGGAAUGACACCUCAAAGAACACCUCAAAGAACACCUUCUGGAAAGGGUGACGCAAUCAUGAUGGAAGCAGAAAAUUUGGCCAGGUUGAGAGAGUCUCAAACACCGUUAUUAGGAGGAGAUAAUCCAGAGUUGCACCCAUCAGAUUUUUCUGGGGUCACUCCUAGAAAAAAGGAAAUUCAAACACCAAAUCUGAUGCUGACUCCUUCUGCAACUCCUGGAGGUGCGGGUCUUACACCUAGAAUUGGCAUGACUCCAACAAGGGAUUCUUUUGGCAUGACUCCAAAGGGGACUCCCAUUAGGGAUGAGCUCCGUAUCAAUGAAGAAAUUGAUAUACAUGAUAGUGCAAAAUUGGAGCAACGAAGAAACUUGCAAUUUGGUUUAGGCAAUUUACCACAGCCGAAGAAUGAGUACCAGAUAGUCAUGCAACCAGUUCCAGAAGAUAAUGAAGAACCCGAGGAGAAAAUUGAAGAAGACAUGUCUGAUAGGCUAGCUAGAGAAAGAGCUGAGGAAGAAGCACGCCAGCAGGCGUUACUUAGGAAGAGAUCAAAAGUAUUGCAGAGGGAGCUCCCCAGACCACCAGCUGCCUCAUUGGAAUUUAUUAGAAAUUCCUUGACAAGAGCAGAUGGAGACAAGAGUUCCUUUGUUCUUCCUACUUCAGUUGAGCAGGCUGAUGAAAUGGUUAAAAAGGAACUUCUUAGUGUACUGGAGCAUGAUAAUGCCAAGUAUCCACUUACUGAGAAAGUAGACAAACGGAAAAAGAAAGGUGCCAAGCGCAGUGCUGGUGGACCUAGUGCUUCUGUCCCUGUGAUAGAAGAUUUUGAAGAAGAUGAAAUGACAGAGGCUGGUUCAAUGAUAAAGGAAGAGGCUCAGUAUCUUCGUGUUGCAAUGGGCCAUGAAGAAGAAUCCCUUGAUGAAUUUGUUGAAGCACACAAAACUUGCCUAAACGAUCUCAUGUACUUGCCUACUCGUGGUGCUUAUGGUCUAUCAAGCGUUGCUGCAAAUAUGGAGAAACUUGCGGCAUUGCAGAAUGAAUUUGAGAAUGUGAAGAAGAAGAUGGAAGAUGAUAUCCAGAAGGCAGCAAGCAUUGAGAGCAAAGUUAAAGUUCGGACAUAUGGUUAUGAGAUGCGAGCUAAAGAUGGUCUUUGGCCAAAAAUUGAGGAGACUUUUAAGCAGAUGGACACGGCUGCAAAAGAACUUGAGUGCUUCAAAGCUUUACAGAAGCAAGAAAAAUUAGCGGCAUCACACCGGAUAAAUAAUAUCUGGGAGGAAGUUCAGAAACAAAAGGAGCUUGAGCGAAAUUUACAAAAGCGGUAUGGAGAUCUUGUAGUGGAGGUGGAAAGGGUACAGCACCGUAUGGAUGAAUACAGAGCACAAGCAGAAAAACAAGAAGAAAUUGCAGCCAUGAAUUGUGAUCAAGAGUUGGCUGAGGCCACAGAAAAUGUGACUGUUCUGCAGACAACUGAGAAUCCUGAUCCUACAACUGCUUCAGAUGAGCUUGGGAGCACUGUUCCUGGUGGUGCAUCUAAUGGUGAAGCUACAAAUCUGCAAAUGGAUGGUGAUAAGGACAUUGAUGCUGUAAAAGAUCGCGAGACAGUGUCCAGGGAUGUUAACUUACCUGCUAACAUGCCUUCUGCUGUGGAAGGAGAGAAUGAUCCAAAUUCUCAGCUCACUAGCUCAGGUGGAAUACACUCCAGUGGGGUUGCAGCUCAAGACUCUGUUAGCAAAGGAGAUAAUGUUUCUAACAAUCUGGUUGCAACUGAAAACAAAAUGGUAAAUGAUCCUGAUGAUGGGGUAAUUAGUGACAAUAUGACAAGUAGUGCUGUAGCCGAGGAUCAAAAAGUUGAGAUGCAACAGAACUUGACUGAACUUGAAGGCAGUGUUCAAGCAGCAGGGGAUGGUGGUUUGGCUAAUGGGAGUACCACCAUUGUUUCUAUUGAAGGAGAGGUGGAGAAUUCAGCUGAAAACGCAGCACCAAAUCUAAACGUGUUCAAUGGUGAGGAGACAGUGUAGUUUGGGUGAUGAACUUUUGCUAGUCAAAACGUUGGUGGAUAGGUUCCCAGUUGGGAACCGGUAUGGGAUUGUCAAUCGGAAAUUGUUCCCUACUUGAUGAUUUGGAAGAUAAUUGUUAUCGUUUUCAAAAUCGUGCCAAUCCAUAUGCUUCACCUGAAAGAACAAUUGAGAUCGUUUUCUGGUCUUCAUACGGUGUAAUUGUUAUUAGAUUGAGGAGCUAUUGUUGUUUACCCCCAAAAAAAAAAAAAAAAAAUUGACGAGAACAAGAGAGAUUGAGGAACUCUUUUUGAAACUCUUUUCUUUUUUAGAAUAUCUACCGUCGAUUUCUUUAUUGUUCUGGUACCUGUCAAUUAUCUGUAUUUUAUAUUCCGGUA